AUUUAUAGUUGAUUUUUCAAUCGAGAAAUCAACACAGUAGAACGCUAACGAUUUUCUUAUUAAUUAAUUGAUGAUUUUUAAAUUUAUAAAUAGGACGAUAUGACGAUAUUGAACCCGCUUCGAUUUUUUAAACGAAUAUUGAGAUCUAAUCUUCAACUUGUAAGAACGGAAGUAGAAAGUAAUCCGAAUGAGACGAGUGACAAGACCAAUAAGUCGACUAGCAAAUCGUCACCCACCAAGUCAAACAAACAAAAGCAGCAAAGGUUUCAAGAAGAAACACCGAGCGAAGGAUCUAAUCGUCAACGGGGAAGAGCGGAAGAAGAAAGUGAUCUGAAUGAGACGAAAGAAACACCUGACGAAGAAUCUAAUCGUCAAUGGGGAAGAACAGAAGAAGAAAAAGAGUCUGACGAUGAGGUUAUUGAAAUUGAACCGCCAAAUAUUCCUAAAGUGGUUAAAAACGAUCAAGGUAAUGAAAGGAUGAUCGAUGAUGACGAUACUGAUUUAGAAGCAGUUACGAUUUUGACUUCAUUCAAACAAAUUGAAGAAGUACAAGUAGAGAAUGCAAAGCUUCAACGCGAAAAUAACCGAUUAUUCGAUGAAAAUCAUUUUUUGACUCGAAUAAACAAGGCCUUUGCAGACAAGAAUGACGAUCUAUGCGAAAGCUUAAACAGGUAUUCGAAAAUCCAUCUGCCUAAAGCCAUUCAUAGGCAGACGGAUCUCGAACAGCCGGCAAAAUGUCCAAAAAGAAUUAAGACAAAAAAGUCUGAGCGAUACGAGGAAGAAUCGGAGGAAGAACGGUCUGAUUCUAACAAUAAUGAUGAGUACGACGAAAAAGAAGCUAAGGCUGAAAUGAAGUCUAUUUUGAAAACCAUCUAUGAAACUCGAGGACUAGAUUACAAUGAAACGUUCAAUAGCGCGAAAAAUCUCAAGAUUCGUCGUAAGCUAGUCCCUGAAUUGCGUUCAGCCCUUUCUCCGUGUUUUUCCGCUUUGAAUAAGCAACUUACAAAAUGGUUGGGUUAUCUCCACAAGUCUCGUCAUUCUCAUCAAAGAUUAAUGGAUAGGGGAAAAGCCGAUGAAAAUAAACACUGGGUGCACUCAAACAAUCGAGUACACGACAAGAAAAUCUGCCGAAUGAAGACGGCAAAGAGAUUAUAUAGUUUUGACGAUGAACAGACAACAAAAUAUGAUAAGCGUAGAUUACUAAAGAUGUUAUCCAAUCGCUUAUUUCAUUCUCCAAAAAUAAGCGAGACAGACGAAGAAGACCCAACAAAGUCCAUAAUCGCUAUUUACGACUAUUUGUGGAGAUCUGAUGAGUCAAAAUUAAUACGCGAACGUAGAUACGAUGAUGAGGUACAAAAAUACGACCGACCACAUCCAUCGAAUGCUCCCGAAUGGUCUUAUAUCGUACAACAACAAGAUUUAAUAUUCGAUACUGAUAUCGAUCAGGGUUUAAUCACUGAAUAUGAUGAAGAAGAAGAAGAAGUUAGUAGAGGGACAACACCAGCAACUGGCAACACCACUGAAAAUGAUGAAGACCAUAACAAGGAAGGAGAAGAAAAACCAUCAAAAUCAACGGUUGGUGACAAUCAUAAUAAUUCAGAUUCUGAUUUACAUAUGGACGACGCACAAUGAACGAAUCUGAAUUAAUUUGGUAGAAAACUUUCUUUUUUUCGUCAAAAAUCUAUAUAUGGGUUUUGUGCUAGGAAAAUAAGGGUUAGAGAUAUUUUUUACCAAAAUUGAGAUUUUUUGUGCAUCUGAAUCUGAGACAUAUGAGAAUCAUUUGGUGCAAAUUUUAUAGCAUAUUAUCUUAUUAUCAAAAUUAAUAAAUCGAAGUUUAAAAAUCAUCAAUUUUUUGUGUAACAAUCAGCCAUAAAAUCUAAAAAUAGAUUUGGAAAUGAUCGACAUACAUUUUUUUGAAAAAUCGAAGUACCGUAAUUCAUUACCUAUCGAUCAUACAAAGACAGAUAAUAGCUUAUUAGACUUAUCUCAUCAUAAUACAUCUAAUAUUAAUCAAUUCAGCAUUGAUAGGUAGUUAUUUCAAUUGAUCAAUAGGUAGUAAAUUAAUUUUUUAAGG